AUGGGUGACAUUGAGGACACACACUUUGAGACCGGAGACUCUGGUGCCUCCGCCACCUUCCCUAUGCAAUGUUCGGCUCUCCGCAAAAACGGCUUUGUAAUGCUCAAGGGUCGCCCAUGCAAGAUUGUUGAAAUGUCCACCUCAAAGACUGGCAAACAUGGUCACGCAAAAGUCCAUCUUGUGGGCAUUGAUAUAUUUAAUGGAAAGAAAUAUGAAGAUAUUUGUCCCUCCACCCACAACAUGGAUGUCCCACACGUUAAGCGUGAAGACUACCAGCUCACUGACAUCUCUGACGAUGGCUACCUCACUCUGAUGGCUGACAAUGGAGACCUCCGUGAAGACCUCAAGAUCCCAGACGGAGACCUCGGUACUCAACUUCGUUCUGACUUUGACAGUGGCAAGGAAUUGCUGUGCACCGUGCUCAAGUCCUGCGGUGAAGAAUGUGUCAUUGCAGUGAAGGCAAACACAGCUCUUGACAAAUAA